UGAUCCGGAUCUGAGGACAACACUCCGGGGUUUUGUGUUCUCUUCCUUUAAAGCCCUCACGCUCUAUUCUGGAGCAAUGAAAAACUAGAACCGGGGAGGCCACCGAGGCAACCCAAGAUCAUUCGGGAAGCGCGGAUCUUAUAUGCAGGCAGGCUGCGCCACGCGUCGGGAGAACGGACGGAGUAAGAUCUCAGCAACGAAAAGGAUGGAGGGUCUGAAGGAGACACGGGGAACUUUGGAUUGAGGAGGGGACGAGGGACGGAAGACCGCCCGAUGAACGACAGUUUUUUUCUUGGAUAUUUUUUGUGUGCUUUUUUUAGGGGGGAUUUUGGAUAAUUUUUGCGGUUGAUCAAAAUGCCAUUUGCCAAAAGGAUUGUAGAACCCCAGUUACUGUGCAGGUUACCUAUUCCAAAUGACGAAGGCUCGCUCAACGUUGAGGAUCUGUGCUCCAUCAAUAAUGUGGUGCUCUCGCGGACCUUGCGGCAGCUCUCCGACCUGGCCAAACACGCCUGCUCCCUAUUCCAGGAGCUGGAGAACGAGAUCAUGUCCACCAACCAGAGGGUCUGGGUUCUGCAGAAUAAAAUAGGGAAGAUCCAACAGAACGCCAGCGGUCUAGAUCCCAAAAAGGAGGCCGUGCCUGUCUCUAACCUGGAUGUGGAGAGUAAGCUAACAGUGCACUACCAGGCCCCAUGGCACCAGCACCACAACGUGUUUCACCCCUGCAGCCGGCCGCCAUGCGUAGAGGAGCUCCACAGACAUGCCAAGCAGAGCCUGCGAGCCCUGCACAGAGACCAACAGCAACGUCAACGGUCGAACAGCCGCGAGCGCAGAGUGACCAUCUCCAUCUCUGGGGCUCCUCCAAUGCCCACCCUCCCUUCCCCACGCACCCUCAGACGGCACGAGCAGAGGGGCAGGCACAGCCGCGCGCAGGCGAGACCAGAGAGAGAGGUAGAAUAUCAACUGCGGAAGUAUGACCGUACCCGCUCCCCCUCCCCCACUGAAUGUUGCCUCUUCACCCCAUGGACCAGAAAGGCUGCCACUACCACUGACCCUGAUGCUGAGCCUGCAGUGGGCCACAGGUCUACUGGUGCUAUCCCCAACCCCCCCUCCACACUGGACAAGCAGACCAACUGGUCCAAGGCCCUGCCUCUGCCCACCCCUCAGGAGAGGAUGAAGAGUGACCCAGCAGUCGUGUCCUCGUGCAUCAUCCCCAUCAACGUCACUGGGGUGGGGUUCGACAGGGAGGCUAGUGUGCGCUGCUCCCUGGUACACUCCCAGUCUGUGCUGCAGAGGAGGAGGAAGCUGAGGAGGAGGAAGACCAUCACCGGGAGGACAAAGAUGGUUCAACAGGACUGGGACUCUGAUGAGUCUCCAGUGACGAGGGAAAGGACAGUGGUGGUCCACACCAACCCUCACCUGUCCCUCUGUCAGGAGGAGCUGUCCCUCCGAGGGGGACACACCAAGGACUCCGGCUGCCAGACGGACGACUGCCUGACCGGUGGCGGUGGCGCCCAUCCAGGAGACGUCUCGUGCCCAGCGCGGCGGCCAGGGGGAAUCCCCGCCUCCCUCUCCCACUCCACGGGAACAUCUCCCGCUCCCGACCACCCUGACACCGCCAUGUACACCGCCUCCGGCUCUCGCCUCCGCUCCCGCAGCCUCCCCCUCGGGGGCGGCUCUAUACGCGACGAGGACCAGGACGACAGUGACGAAGAUGAGGAUGAUGAUGACGACGAUGACGAUGAAGAUGAGGAGCUCUCUCCAUACGAGACGGAGGACUUCCUCCCGGGAACGGGGCCAAGGAUGUUAAAAGACGAGGAGGAGAGUACGGAUGACCAGGCCAUGCCAGAGCUGCAGCUGGGGAGUCUGAAGAGGAUACAGCAAGGAGACGAGGGGAGUCCAGAACACAUGUGGAUGGAGAGGGGGCGCUCCCGCCUCCCCCGUCAGGUCGACAUGGGGAACUGUGAGAUCUCCUCCAGCUCAGACACCUUCAGCAGCCCCAUCCACUCUGUCUCUACGACGAGGGUGCUGAGAGGACAGAUAGACCACAAGGAGGACCACCAGUCGUCCAGUGGUAACUGGAGUGGCAGCAGUUCCACAUGCCCCUCCCAGACCUCUGAGACACUCCCCCCCGCCGCAUCCCCCCCUCUGACCGGCUCCUCCCACUGUGACUCGGAGCUGUCGCUCAACGCCGCGCCGCACGCCAUCGAUGACCUCACCGGCUUUAUCAUCGACCCGUACCAUUCAGAUCAGCCACAGGGCCAGGGUCAUAGGUCCAGCUCCUUCACCUCCUCAGCCACUGACCAGCUGGAUGAUGCAGGGGUCAGUACUGCCAGCGAGGGAGAGUGGACCUACCCUCAAGACCAGGCUGAUCAGGACCAGCUGUGUAGUCAGGACUUCAGCCCCAGGCGUUCGUCCAGGGGGGACCAGACCAGGAUAGACUUCACCAGCAUCAGCACCUACGACGGCUUCUCAGACCAAGCUCCCCCUCCUGCUGCAGCAGACUCCCAGGGCUUCUACUCAUCCUCCAUGCACGUUGACUCCAUGCAGGGCCAGAGUUACAGGAGCUACAUGUACAACUAUGCAGCAGUGGGCUCUGGCGCUGACUGUGGCCAGGGUAAUACUGUGGGCGCUAUGCCUGGUGAGGGAGAGGGCAUGGCUGGGUAUCCUCCUCAGUCCUCUGACUACAGGGGAGCUACCAUGACGCUAGGGAGACCGUGUCGUCCGCUGAAGAAACCAAAGGUCAAACCACCCCCACCAAAACGGAGCUCAUCGCUGAAGGAGACGUGUAGCGCUAGUGCUCCAGAGAACGUCCCCCCUGAGCAGGGCGAUGAGCAGGGCGAUGUGCAGGGCGAUGAGCAGGGCGAUGAGCAGGGCGAUGAGCAGGGCGAUGAGCAGGGCAAUGAGCGGGGCGACCAGGACCAACCAAAGAUUCAUAGUAGUGGGCAGGCCCAGACCCUGAACCUGCCCAUGUCUUCCAGAGACAGAGAGAUGAGGCUGCAGCUGGACAUGGCCAGCCCGGGGGAGGUGGAGAAUCCUGGGUUGGAGGCUGAGGCAUUGGGUGGUGGUGGUGCCUGGGGGAUGGGGAGCCCCAGGAGCCCCAGGACUGUGGAGAUGACGGAGCCCACCUCGUUCGGGUCCACUGACACUCACUCCUUCAAGGACGAGGGCGCCGUUCAGUCUGACUAUGCAGACCUCUGGUUCCUCAACGACUUGAAAUCCCAAAAUAACCUGGACCCCAACGGCUCCUUGUCCAACUCCAGCACUGCUACGGGUACUACUGUUAUUGAAUGCAUCAAGUCGCCAGUGGGCAGCUCCUCCUCUCCCGGGGGAGAGACCCAGGCGUUGAUGCAUUCCUCCGGCUCUGGUUCCAGCUCCUCCAGGCCCACCUCCCCUCCUCUUCCCCCCGGGGAUGGAGACUUCAAGCUGGGCUCUCCUGAGAAGCUGGCUGGCCUCGCCUCGCCCUCCAGCGGAUACUCCAGCCAAUCCGAGACGCCCACGUCUUCAUUCCCAUUAGCGUUCUUCCCCGGCCCGCUCUCUCCGACCAGCGGGAAACGGAAACCCAAAGUCCCCGAGAGGAAGUCUUCUCUAUCCUCGCUGCAACACCAGGCCCAGACCCAGUUUUCUAGCUCGGCCUCUGGAUCCUCCUCUUCCUGUUCAUCUUCCUCUUCCUCGUCAUCCAGGAAGGACUAUGACUUCCCGGCUCCACCCACUCAGCUGGACUUAAGUUCUCUUCACAGCGCCCAUGGCAGCCGGCCGUUACCCACUCUGGCCCACCGGACCCACAUGCACACGCUGCAGCAGAACAAGCAGAGGGCAGCAGCAGCAGCAGAGGCCCGGGCCACCGCGUGUAACACUGCAGCCGCUAACGCUAAUGCUAGUGCUAAAGCUAGUGCUAACGCUAAAGCUUGUGCUAACGCUCACGCUAGUUCUAAUGCUAACGCUAGUGCUAGUGCUAACGCUAGUGCAGCCCCCUCUGUGUUUAUCAAUGGAUCCACUCUGACUCCAGAGGCCCCACUUGCUGCCAACCCAAUGGCCCUGGCAAUCACCCCCACUGUGCUGCGCUCCGUCCAGCUACGUUCCAUCGGCCACAGGGCCACCGAUGGUUCUCAGCCCCAGGCCCGGGGCCAGGCUCAGGGUGCUCAGGGCCAGGAGCCUCCACCACCUCCACAAGCAUGGGCCCACGAGGCUUCAGGGGCCCCUGCCACCAGACCCAAGAUGCCCAGUGUAACCAUCGUGACCCCCCACUCUGACACCAACACCAGGCCCCUGCCACCCAGGAGACCCAUCGCCCAGAAACCCCCACCACCACCGACCCAGGCCCACCACCCUUCUCAGGAGCACCACCACCACUCUGUACCCCAGCCCCAGCACCACCCCACCCCAUGCAGACCCGGACGGCCCCCGACCUAUGAGAGCCUGGCCAGGCACCGGCAGGACCGCUACAGCCCCGGAACCUUCUGGGCAAUGACGGCGUUCCGGACGCGCCCUGCGGAACCUUUGGAACUUGAGGAACCCACGCACCGAGCGCCACCGCCAACUCCAGAACCCGUGAUUCCUACUACACACCCGGAGUGCCACGUGCUAGGGGAGCGGAUAGAGGACGAAGAAGACGAGGAGGAGGAAGAGCACGAUAGAGAGAUAUCAAGGGUUAUGAGUCACAGUCAAGGCCUCAUUAGAGAAUAUCGAGAAUAUCAUCAAAGAGAUCAUCCAAGGGAACCACCGACGUACGAGACGCUAGAGGAGUCCCACUCAUAUCAGUCCCAGUCACAUUAUCACAGCCAGUCACAGACACACUCCUGUCACAGUCAAAUGGUCCAGAGGUGGGACUUGGGCCCAAGCAGCGGUCCUGACAAAGUGCCCGGUGUAACGAUGGAAGCAUCACACCCUUACUCAAUCAGCCAUGUGAUAGAUCUAAGAGGUCGGAGUGGAGAGGACCGCUAUGAGAUGACAUCAUCAGGGUUCCUACCAGAAGUGCCUCUCAGGAUAACAGCAGAGAUGACUCCACCACACCGGACACAGAGGACUACUUCAGCAAAGAACCACAGCAGAAACCCAUCAGACAUCAGAACCACAGCAGAAUGGGCUAUAAAAUGUCCUGUUUACCUGAACCGUGUAACACUCUCCUAUUCUAGGUCCAAGAGAAAAGUCCUGGGCCGUAAGGACUCUGGAGAGCUGAGUGGGAAGAGCCGUCUGUGUCCUCCUCCGGCCGCCGUCGUUCCACCUGCAGCUAUCCUCCCAGCCAUCCCUCCUCCGCCCCCUCUCAUCAUCCCCCCCGCCCCAGCCCUCUCCACCCUGACCGCGGCCGGGACCCAGCGCACCCCAGGACCCAUCUACCGCAGCGCCAAGAAGUCCAGCACCUCCAACGAGGAGUUCAAGCUGCUUCUCCUGAAGAAGGGCAGCCGGACUGAUUCCAGCUACCGCAUGUCUGCUACAGAGAUCCUCAAGAGCCCCAUUGCCCCUAAGUCCCCUGGGCACCCCUUGGCUGCUGAGGGCCAGGUCAGGUACACCACCGAGGAGCCCCCCUCUCCCCUGCAGGAGCCAUCAUUGCAGGCGGCCGGGGAGCGACUCUUCCCCCCCAGCCUCUUCCCCAGGCCCAGUUCAGACAGCUUCAGCCCUAAAACACCCCCCACGUCGGCUUCGUCCAGACAGGGGCGUUCCCGGAUCCCCCCUGCAGCCAAUAGUAGUCGCUACAGCACCCGUAGCCGACUCUACACGGCACCCAUGCAGGUCAUAUCAGAGGGGGAGACUGAGAACUCAGAUGGGAGUCCCCAUGAUGAUCGCUCCGGCGUAAUGAUCGCUCUGCUCAGUGCAGAAACAUGUACCCUAAUCCUUAUUUGGUGUGCUACUUUUGACCAGGGCCCAUAUAAGGAAUAG